ACUUUUAUAGCAACGUUUUAUGUCAAGCUUCUAAAAAUCGUAAAAUAAAAAAUAAAAUGGAAAAAUGACUAUUGCUUUUCCCUUCCAAGUUUUCAGAAUUCAAUAUCUCCCUAAACCCUUAAACAACCAUUUUUUUCGUUAUCAUUCAUCCCCUUACGUUCGAUCUCUUCAUCUUCGUUCUUUCAAGCAGGCGAAUUGGAGAAUGGGUCUCUUUUACUGGCGAUUAGGUCUCUUUCACUGGAGAUUGGGUCUGUGAAUUGCCAAUAAGAAAAGUUGGUAAUUUGCGUUUCGGAAUUAGCGAGAAAAACAAGGUCAACCCGGUCCAGCUUUGCAAGGGGAAGGGAUAAGGGGAAUCGAACUUGAGACCUCAAAGUCACAAGGAGAAACUCCAACCAACUACACCAAGUACAACUUCUAUACUUCUAUGUGUGAAAUUGAUAAUAGUGAAAAGAAAUAUUAGAAACGGAUCUAGAAAAUCCGUCUCUAAACUAGGGACGGAUUUAACAUUUCGUCUCUAAAUUAGGGACGGAUUUAAAAUUCCGUCUGUAAUUUAGAGAAAUUGCUAAAACACAUUAGGAACGGAUUUUAAAAUUCCGUUUCUAAUUUGCCCCUAACUUAGAGACGGAUUUUGAUAUCCGUCCCUAACUUAGAGACGGAUUUUGAAAUCCGUCCCAAACUUAAAGACGGAUUUUGAAAUCCGUCCCUAACUUAGAGACGGAUUUUGAAAUCCGUCCCUAAAUUAGAAAUGGAUUUUGAUAUCCGUCCUUAACUUAGAGACGGAUUUAUAAAUCGCUGGAUAAAAGUAGCGACUGAUUUACAAUAUUUGUCUCUAAAUAAAUUUAGAGACGGAUGAUGAGUAUUCCGUCUCUAAAUUAGAAACAGUUAUAAAUCCGCCUCUAUACGAGAUUUUUUUUGUAGUGAUGGUAUUUCUUACUCAAAUCUUAAACUUAGUUGUAGUUGCAUUAUGAUAUUUUUGUAGUUCAAGAUUUUGUCCCAUAAGAUAAUACAACAGUCUGUGAAAUGUAUCAACAUCAUUGCAAUGGAGAACACUACAUAAGCCUGCUUGUUUUAUAGCUUGGUCCCCAGGUUUAUUAGAAAGAAUAAAAGGACUUACUUUUGGUUGCUUAAAUUUUUAAACAUUCAGCUUGUUAGCCAGUGGAUAGUAUAGAUCUUUAAAUUUACUUGUUAGACUUUCUGAGUAGAAAUUCAAGUACCAAUUCAUGAUGUUGGUUUCCCAAGAUACACCUGAAAUACCAUGUCCAAAGGACAUUCAAAGUAAUGUGAGUUACUUAUGAUGUUGAGCCAUUCAAUUUCUAUAUAUUAUUGAUUCUAAAUUUUUUUAUUGCAAUUGAUUUUGUGAUUACGGUAUUGGAAUAAUUGCCUUUAUUCUGAUAACUAAACAUUACUGUGAGUAAAAAAAGAUUGUGGCAUUGUGUUAGUGAGGUAGCAUUCAAGAUCCCUAUUUGUAGCUCGUCUAUCAACCUUUUUACCAUAUUUUAAGAUUUUACAGUAAAAUACCUCAAUUGUUUGGUCUUUCUUUGUUAGACAUGAAUUGCAAAUGACAUAAAUGAUAUGAGUGGUCUGUUUUAAAAUAUUUUAUCUAUUGUAGCAGCUUUGCUAAAUUGUUGAUUGAAGUUGUUAAAAUUCACUGUUUAAGGUAACUUUGAUGCUUGAUGAGUUAUUUCUUGUGACUGUUGAAGUACUAACACUUAGAUGAAAUUUAAAUGUGUAGAUAUCUUAUGCGCUAAAGCCGGUAAGCCUGAUUAACUUUAUAUUUAUAAAGGAGUUAUCUAAAACCAAUUGUUCAUGGGAAAAAGCACACUAACUUUGAUACUUCAAGGCAGGAUGGUAAAGUUACGUGUAUGCACUGUUACAGUUCCUUAAUUGUUUUAUAUGAUUAAUUAUUGGUAUCUUAUACAUGGAAGAUUAUGGUAGCUGAGCUAGCAGUUGUGGCUAGAUCUGGCUUGCAUAUUUAUUGGUUCAAUAAGGUAUUCAUUUUCCCUUACUAUGAUCUUGAUUGGCUUUCUGUUACUUAUUGUACUUAUCAUGCAUUGCUGACCUGUUGUAAUAUGCCUCCCUAUAAUUUCAUAGUUGAGCACUUUCUCUUUGUUUACCAAUAAGCUCUACAUUACCCGACCUUAACUAACAAUACUACUUUCUUUUAUUUUCUUGAUAUAUAUAAUUUCACCCUUUAUUCCUUGGUUAAGCCGAUACAACCCGUGCCGAAGACUCCUUCGAGCAAUUACCUCAAGUGCCUACUUUACUUCAGUGCAAUCUAGUCCAUUUUUUUUUAUUAACAUACAUUGUUGUUUGAGUAUUAUGGGUUAGAUAUGGUUCACUUUCUGUAGACACCUUGUGUCUCCCCUCUGGGAUGAUGACGAUACCAUUAUCCUUACUAGGCGGUUGGAAUAACUCCAGGCGGAAAUCCCAAUUGCUAAGAACAUUUCCAAAAUUCAAAAUCCAAUUCUCGAGGCCGUUCCCCUUUCGGUUCUCGGUACAAAGCACAACUUUCAAAAUCCAAUUUCAAAAUCCAAGUACAAUCUCAUCUAGUAGACCAUCCAAUUGGUUUUACUAGGCCUUUUCCACUCAAAAUCAUAUAAGGCAAGUCAAGUUUGGGCGCCGACCCGCAAAACCGAGCAUGCCGGGUCCCGUCCCGUAAAACCGGAAUUCAAAACCCGAGAAAGACUUGUUUUUAGACGCAAAAUAAUGCCUUAACCUCCAAACAAAUACAAAACACCAAGCCUAGUACUAUUCGUACAAAGGUACUGUAGACACCUACUUUUGUCCCCAUUCCCGAAAGGGAAGGUUCGAUGAUGAAAACGUAAAUCUCCACUUGACAACGCAUCUCUUAUAAAAUAACGAAUUUCAAUCACCCUUUUCAUUUCACCAGAAGCCUGCUAUUUAUGGAAACCUGCUAAAAAUAGUAACUGCUGUAAAGGGUAGUUGCUAAAAGUAGUAAGAAUAAAAAGAUAGAAACCUGUCAGAAUUAGGUGUUGCACUCCAACAUAAAUCCUAAAAGAGAUAGAAAUUGUAAAAGGAAUUCUAUUCCUAUCGCAGUUCGAUAAAAGAGUUAACGUAUUAAUUAAACUCAUAACGAACCUAGAGUUCGUAAAGGGCCCAGACGCAUUCCGUCGUAAAUUGAUACGCACCAAAUAACUCGGAUUAAGUCUCUUAAUGAACUCCGUACUCUAGAGUCUAAUCUGACAAAGAAUUCUGCCAGACCCUAUUUUCAACGCCCAGCCCUGGGCGCCGAAGUCUUUGACGCCCAGAGCUGGGCGCCGAAAAUACCUGGGACGGAUUCUUUUCCUCAUCCGUUUCGUAUUCAAAUUCCUAAAAAUCUAUCUUUCUACGCCACUCUUUCCUAUAAAUAGACCCCUAAGUUCGACGUGAAAAAAACACAACAACACACAAUUAUAUUCUGAGUAUUGACUCUAAACCCCUAAGCCUAAGCCUCACGCUGCAAAACUGAUCACGCGUUCUGUCGCAAUCGAUCCAUAAAUCGAACAGAACGUAUCCCGUCCCAUAAUUUGAGAUUCGUUAAAUAAAAGGAGAAAUAGCAAAGUCAAAGUGGUUAGUUUUCUGAGAACCGUGACGCACCUCUCAAGGGUGUGUCGUAAUGUGUCCCUUUUCCAUGGUUUAAUUGCUUUCCUCGCCCUUUUAUGAACUGUUAAACUAACUAAAAUCUGAUUGUUCGAUUACGCUUAAUAAAUAUGAUAUUUUUGGGAAAUUGGAUUAUCAUGCUAGGUCCCUUUAAACAAUCUAAAUCAGAUAAUUGCGCUCGAUCUAGUACUAUAUGUUGCAUAUUGUUAAAAUCAACUCAGAUUAGUUUAAUAGUUAACGCAUGUCCCUUCAAUUAUUUAUGCUGAGCUAGUAAGGAUAUCCUGCCUCUGGAGUUAUCGAAGAGCGAGUACUCCUCUCGGUAGUUACAGUCCCCCGAAUCCUCAAUCUCUACCCUGCGGGUGUACGUUGAGCGAUCCCCACCACCACGGAUCACAAGGGAACCUACGGCCGUCGUGGUCAAACAUAAUUGCACUUCCUUUAUGUCACGAUAAUCGGGUUUUGUCAGUUUUUCUCAUUGUCGUUAAAAACUGAAUGGCGACUCCUAUAUUACUAGUCAAUUGGGUGUAAACUCACAGGAAAUCCAAUUACACUUGAUUUGACAAAAAAGAAGCGUCACACCCACGAGGGACGAGGUCACGCAUUAGGCUCGUGCUUUUUCAACCCUCUCACAGUGGCGACUCCACUGGGGAUAGUAAAGGAAAUACUCGUGCUUGUAGGUAAUCAAAAUAGCCGAAGGGUGAAACGAUCCUACCCCGCGUUUAUUUCCCAAUCAAGUUGGGUCGACCUGAAAAUCAGCAUAUUAAUGUGAACGGGCAGAACCGCAUAACGAAUCUUGGCUCUCUUGGUGUUUCAUCUCGGGAGUUGGGACUAAGGAUACCCAUCGCCAACCGGGGGGUGCAUACGCUUCGAAUGUUGUCCACUCAGCACUUUCGCUAGUAGUACACCCGUCCCAAACCCAAUCGCUCGCCCAUUAGGUCCCUCUCGCCUGCAUGCCCCCUUGGCUUGCACUUGCGGGUUGGCCUCUUGAGCGGAAUUCUUCUGCUGAAGACACUACCUCGACCGGGGCAUGUGUUGGAUCUACGAUAGAAGCGGUACCAAGCCAGGCGCAAAUAACUACCCAUAGAAGCCUAUCAUAAACUACAUGACAUAUUAUUAUUGCCUCAUGAUGGAAUGUUAGUUAUGUGUAGCAAAAUAUAUGAUUGUGUGUGACAAACUGUCCUAGAAAAACCAACGACCUUAAAAAUUGCCCAAACAUUCAUAAACCAAUCUGCCAAAGAGUUAUGCCGAAACACGUGUUCCGCAAACCCGAACGAUCGCCACAAAAAUAAGUGACGCUCAGGAUGGCCUGUAACGAAUCCCACAAACGCUGCACAACGCGUAAAGGACGUUAUUAGGCAAACACGCAAAAUCGAAGUCGCGUAAACAAAAGUAGACGCAAACAGAAAACGAGAACCAGCCAGGGACGCAUUUUCAACGCCCCUGGCUGGGCGCCCAAAUUUCUCACGCCCUACGCUGGGCGCUGAAGUUGCUGCCUGGCCUUUUGGUCAGGCACAGCAGCCUCGGUGCCCACACGUGAAGAAAAUACGUAGCAAAAAAAAAAAACUUUUCGAAAAAAUUUGCUGCGAGGGCGUAUGAAAAGGCACUCGGUUCUAAAAGCGACUAAAAAAAUAAAAAUAAAUAACUCUUUGUGUCGUCGUUAGGCCUCCUACGACGACAAUGCUCGGCUCCGAAAUCGAGCAUGCUAAUUAAAUGACCUUGAAUGUCACAUGGGCAAAGUAUUCAAAAAAUAAUGUUCAAAUAGAGUCUUCAAGGAAAAAUAAUGUUCGAAUAAAAAAAAUAAAUCAGAGUCUAGACUAGGCUAUGCCAAAAUACAAUCUAAAUCCUAAGUCUUAGUUGUCUUAUCCAUAGAAUCGGUCCUAAUGCUUGGUGUCGUUCUGCAAAUAAAAAGGUUAAAACAUAUUGAGUCUCCCUUCCUAACAUUUAAAUCAAUAAGCACCCAUAUGUAAUUGUCAUCCCUUGCUAAGAGUCUACGGCCUCAAUACUCUCUCUCACCGAUAAAAAGAAUAUAUUAUAGUAUUUGUAAAAUGGAAACGGUCACAUUCUGAAAAUCAUUCCCCCAUAGUCGCACAACCCCCAAAGUGAACCUAAGGUGUUAUUACCAUUGUCAAAGAAAAAAUUAAUGGCCCCAAGGCUUAUAAUCACAUUGGGUCACGACUAUCAUAGUCCUCUCGAGUCACUCGCUCCUUGAAAUACUACUAAGUACGGACUAAAAGAUUUUCCAUGAAUGCAACAUGACCAACCACGAAAAUACCCAAAUCGGCAUACCAUAAGGCUACCAUUGGGGUAAAGCAAUACACACUAAGAGAGAAGCCGCACUAAUGAUUCUAGUCUUGCAAAAAUAAAAAUUCGAUCUCCCCAAUUAACCACCUUGCCAACAUUAAGCAAAAUGGCGCAUGACAAAUGAACACCCAAGGGUUAAAAUCUAAAGUGUCAACCAACAAAAGUUAUGGUCCAAUUAGCCUAAGUCUGAGAGUCGCUUGGUCAAGUAUUAUAGGCUUAUGCCACGUCAUUAUUUUGAGUCUAGGCCACCUCCUUAUAUUCAUACACGGGUUACAAUCAGAAAAAUUAAUGAAAGUUCGAGUCUAAAUCACAACUUCCAAUUAAAUUCCGAAAACUGGAAUCUGAAAAGAAGCAAAAAAGUUAUUUUCGAUGUAAUUCUUUCGUUAAAUUUCAAUAAGGUAAAAACAACAUUUUGAAUCUACGCUAUUUGCACAUUUUAAGAAACGACUAAAUACGCUUGCAAAGUAAGACAAAAUUAAAGGUCCACCUUAGGCCAACUAAAAUUAAAGGUCCACCCUAGGCCUACUAAAAUUAAAGGUCCACUAUAGGCCUACCAAACGAGGCUCACUCAGUCUCGCCUCGUGACUCAAAGACCACAACCAUCUACCUUUUAGCCCAAACAAAAAAAUUGAUUGAAGGAUUUAUGUUGGGGAGAAAUCCCAAGCAAAAAGAAAAAAGAGAAAGAGAAAAGGGAGAGCGAAAAGAGCCAGGAAAUACUUAGCCCGUACCUCCCAAAGUGCGAAAUCUACCCAAGUAAACGAAGGAAAAGAAUUGAGUCAACCAAUCCAAAUCAUAAAAUUCUACGAUAUCUACCCUUUCCAAUCCUUAUGUUUUUAGACGCCUUCGCUCUGCGGCCCCUGUUCGGCUCAUCUAACCCAUCCAUGUUCUCAUUGCCAUAACCCAAGAAACCAUUACCUCGACUCUUGCAAACCACGCACGACCAUUGACACGUGCGUCAUACCCGUUAUUUCCAAAGCCCAAACCCAAUAUUACACCACCGUUAGCUUAAUGACCAUAUAACUUGUUUGAAUACAGCUUGUUGAUAUUCCCUUGAGCCGUCCCCAUGCUACUCAUUGGCCUUGGUUGAUGUAAACUCAUGACACUAGUUCGAGGCUGCAAAUUGUGAGCCCUAGCAAAUAUAAUCCUCAUGCUUGACCACUAGCUAUACAAAUUAUCCUAUCUCAUUCAACCCAUCUUUCAAACCGUCUUGAGUCACGAAUAUAAAAAAAAAAAAAAGACAAAUGAAAAGUACAAAAAAUGUAAAUAAUAUAAAAGCAAACUUUGCAAAGCGCCCCUAAAGUUAGUCUAAAAAGGAAAAGAAGCAUUUAGCGCACCAAAAAAAAGAUCCGCCCAGAAGUCAUUUUCAGCGCCCAGAGCUGGGCGCCGAAAUCUUUAGCGCCCCUGCUGGGGCACCGAAUCUUCUGCCUGCUAAAAUUUGUCCAGAAGUGCUAGUCAUUUUAUCCGCACAUACACGGAACAAUAACGAAUAGUUGGGGGGGUACAACACGUAUUCAGAUAUACGUACCACCAAAAAAAAAUAAAUACAUGUACUCAAUCAAAAAAAUAUAAAACAAAUUUUUGGUUUAUGGCAAGGCAGCAGAUUAAAUAAUAAAAAACUUCACUUAUUCUACCGUUUCAAAUAAUAUGUUUCCACCUCAGAACAUACUUAUCAAAUUCGGCAUUCUAAGAAACCAUUUUCUAGGCUAAGAACUACGCAAGACCUGAUUUCAAAUUAAAUCUAUUUAAGGCGGAUACGUAGGCAAUCCAUGAUUCGGUCCAACCAAUUUGCAAAAAUAUUAAAGCCUAUAGAAAAACAAGAAUAAAAAAUAGAAGUCCCUUAUUGAAAUUUAAUUACUUGCAACCCAAGUCGAAAGAAAAAUUUGAGUCAAAGGAAGAAUCCAAAUCAUCAAGAUGCCAAAACGAGCACACAUCGAAAAAUAAUAAGGGCACGUACCCUUGCCAGAAGGAGCACUCACACUCCUAGGCACUUAGCCAAGACUCAAAAGACCGCUUUGCCUCAAUUGAAUGGGGCUAGCGCAAGCGUCCAUGACCUCUAAAAUACUCGACUUGACCCUCCCUAAAGCAAACUAACUAAUUUAAAAACCUUCUUUCCCCACUAGACACAGUCAUAAUCGCCAACAAGUAGUAAAGGCAGUAAGCUUGCAAAGAAGAGGAUUUUUCUACGGCAUCGCCCCAUCGUUCCUUCGAACUCAGGGCACCCGUUCAUGGUAAUUCAAUUGCUUGCGAAUCCCCUUUGAAAAAGAAACAGACAUUGUCAAUAGGACUUGGCACUUAACCAAGGCUCACCCUACUCAGACAUGUAGCACGGACAUCUAAAAUCAAAAUCUAAAAGCAUAUCAUUAAUGGGAAGACAUAAUAGCAACUGGGGGCUAAAAAAUUGAAAUGAAAGAUCUAGGGAAAGAACUAGGUAUACCUUGACAUUUUGUGCAGACAUACACCAAGUAAAUCUAAGUCGAUUUGAAAACGGUUUAUAUUCCCGCAAAAAAUGGCCCUAAAAGCCUAAAGCAUAUGCCAAACGGGCACAAGUGUAUCUUGACGCCUGCACCCUGGCCUCCAGCAAAUCCUUAGAUAGCAUUCCAAAAAUCGUAACAGUAUUCUGAUUCACUCAUGUGAUCCUGUACGAACCCUUCUAUAAGUCAACUUGCCUAGGACACCUCAGAUUGUACAUAGUAGGACUCGGAUUUUUUAAUAAGUUUCAAAUAAAUUUCAAAGACUUUUUCGAACAUAAUAAAGUGUCGUUGGUUUAAAGCUAAGUAUGUGUUUAUCUCGAUAUUGCAAGUGAGUCAAAAAGAUUACUAAAUAUGAUUAUGGGUAAAGAAAGGCACCUAGCUUUUGGUCAAGGCAUACUUCAACAUGUGACUACCUUGACCAUGGCAAUGUCGCCUAAUACGACAUUUACAAGAGAAGUAGCAGAUCAUUACUCGAACGUACCUCGCACUAAACGAGUCUGGUUCAAACUAUUCAUGAUCCAUGUCACCAUGAAUGCAUAAAAACGUAUGCAAGGCAUUAUAGCACCAAGCCAAUCCCGUAGCUACAGUUGGAGGCUUGAGAAAAACACUCUAAAAAUGCUCGAAAUGACGAUUUCAUCGCAAAUUCUCGACAUUAAUGCUAUACAUAUGUCAUAGGGGCACAAUCCUAAGCUUUAAUCGCGUAAAACGAACCUUAGAGUGGCUACAACCCCUCCCAAAUUCUAAGCGCUACUUAUAAUAUAUAAAGUCACCCCACUAACAAGGGUAACUGAAAAUCGCGAGUCACCAAAACUCCGAUCAAACUACUGCACAUAACGUUCGCCCUACAAGCGCCCGUUACACAGUCUAUCUCGUUCCAAAACAAAAGCGAAAGAAAAAAAUCAAGGAUAAGAACUGUCAAAAUAUACCUGUGAGGGGGUCGAAAAAGCGCGAGGCUAAUGCGUGACCUGUCCCUCGUGGGUGUGACGAUUCUUUUUAUUCAAUCAAGUGUAAUUGGAUUUCCUGUGAGUAUACACCCAAUUGACUAGUAAUAUAGGAGUCGCCAUUCAAUUUUUAACGACAAUGAGAAAAACUGACAAAACCCGGUUAUCGUGACAUAAAGAGAGUGCAAUUAUGUUUGACCACGACGGUCGUAGGUUCCGUUGUGAUCCCUGGUGUGGGGAUCUCUCAAUAUACACCAUCAAGGUAGAGAUUGAGGGUUCGGGGGACUGUAACUACCGAGAGAAGUAAUUCGCUCGUCGAUAACUCCAGAGGCAUGAUAUCAUUACUAGCUCAGCAUAAAUAAUUGAAGGGGCAUGCGUUAACUAUUAAACUAAUCUAAAUUGAUUUUAGCAACAUGCAGCAUAUAAUACUAAUUCGAUCAUGAUUAUCUGAUUUAAAUAGCAUUAAGGGACCUAGCAUGAUAAUCCGAUUUCCCAAAAAUAUUAUAUUUAUUAGGCGUGAUAGAACAAUCAUAUUAGGUUAGUUUAACAGUUCAUAAAAAGGGGCGAGGAAAGCAGUUAAAUCAUCGAAGAGGGACACAUUACGACGCACCCUUAAGAGGUGCGUCAGGGUUCUCAGAAAACUAACCACUUUGACUUUGCUAUUUCUCCUUUUUAUUUAACGAAUCUCGAUUAUGGGACAGGAUACGUUCUGUUCGAUUUAUGAAUCUCGAUUAGGCUAAGGGGUUUAGAGUCAAUACUUAGAAUAUAUUAUGUGUUGUGUGUUUUCACGUCGAAACUAGGGGUCUAUUUAUAGGGAAGAGUUCGUGGAAAGAUAGAAUUGCAGAGUUCUAAUCCACAAAGAAUUAGGAAAAGAAACGUACCCAGGUAUUUUCAGCGCCCAGGCCUGGGCGCCGAAGAUUUCGGCGCCCAGAGCCAGGCGUUGAAAAUAGGGUCUGGGCAGUUUUUUUGUUUAGUCAGAUUUGGAUUCUAAAAUCCGUAGAGUUUGAGAUUAAUUUGAGUCUUUUAGCGCGUAUCAUUUUGUGAAGGAAUGCGUCUGGGCCCGUUACGAACUCUAGGCUCGUUAGGAUUUUAAUUAAUACGUAACUCUUAUUUCCGAAUCCUUUUAGGAAUAGGAUUCUCGCAGUUUUCUAUCUCAUUUAGAAUUUAUGUUGGAAUGCAACACCUAAUUCUGACAGGUUUCUAUCUUUUAUGAUUUGCCACUUUUAGAAGCUACCUUUUACAGCGGUUACUAUUUUUAGCAGGUUUUCAUAAAUAGCAAGUUUCGGGUGAAAUGAAAUGGGGAAUCGAGAUUCGUUUAUUUUAUAGGAGAUGCGUUGUCAAGUGGAGUUUUUAUGCUUUCAUCAUCGAACCUUUCCCUUGCGGGAAUGGGGACAAAAGUAGGUGUCUACAGUUAGCCCCCACUUUGAUUGAGUCUUGGAGUAAGACGAUGGUCAAAGUAUUAGACGGAGUGCGUCACACAAGUCAUGGUGUAUGUGACCUGUUUUGCGAGGGUCUCACGAGCCCCCGAGUGAUAACAUUUGACUUAAGGGUCAUCACUUGAAGUGUCGACAUAUCCCUCACGUGUCAUUGGGAUUUGUCAACUGAUAGUAUAGAAACUCCCUCACUUUUUCAUUGGAAGGAUCUAAAGAUGCGUAGAAACUCCCUCACUUUGUCAUUGGGAGUAACUACAGAUGUUUUCGAAAUUAAAGCUUUAAAGUGUAAUUGGGCCUGUCCAAGCCCAAUCACGAGGUAAAACGUUUUCUAAAGAUUCUCAUUUUCAGGGUUAGCUAAACGAGAAAACCCCCUUGUUUUUAUAGGAAGUAAAACGAAGGAAAAUCCAGUACCCUUGUUUUUAUAGGAAGUAAAACGAAGGAAAAUCCAGUAAAAGUUAUCGCUGCAGCGACUAAGGACCUGCGCUGUUAGUGACGCAGACCCCGCCCGCUGAAGGUGGGCGAGCCUGUCCUCUGAGGGGGACCCCCGGUCCGAUAGAAGUGGACGAAUCUGUUUGAUGUUUUUGAAAAUAAGGACCUACGCGGUUUGUGACGUAGACCCCGCCCGCUGAAGGUGGCGAACCUUGUCCGCUGAGGGUGGACACCCCGUCCACUGAAGUGGACGAAUCUGUUUGAAAUUGUUUUUUUUGAAAAUAAGGACCUACGCGGUUUGUGACGUAGACCCCGCCCGCUGAAGGUGGCGAACCUUGUCCGCUGAGGGUGGACACCCCGUCCGCUGAAGUGGACGAAUCUGUUUUGAAAUUUUAUUUUGUUUUGUUUUUUUUUGAAAAUAAGGACCUACGUGGUUUGCGCCGUAGACCCCUCCGGCUGAAGAUGGCGAGCCUAUUUUAAAUUUGAAGAAUUUAUUUUUCGAAAACAGAGGACCUGCGCGGCUAGUGACGCAGACCCCGCCCGGUGAGGGUGGGCGAGCCCAUUUUGAAUUUCUUAUUUUGCCUAUGUAGAAGGGCUUUUGUGAUUACAACCUGUUGGUGGGUCGUAAUUUUUCCUGAUUAGAUGUGUCCUAUAAGUGGGUCCACAUUGUGUAUAUUUUUUGUUUAACGAUAUUUUAUUUUAUUAUUUCUUAUUUAUUAUUAUUUUUUCAAAAUACCGUUUUUUGUCUUUUUUGGGAUAGAAAUAAGAUAACGGAUAUCUUUACAUAAAGUAGGGGAGCACGCGUGCCCGACAGCGAAUAUUCGCUGUCUGGGAAGCAUUUUCAGCGCCCAGGCCUGGGCGCGAGAAUUUCUAACGCCCAGAGCUGGGCGUUGAAAUGCGAAAGGGGGACUGGUCUUUAAAUUCGCGGACCGUCUCCUUCCUUUCCCAUUUCCGCCAUUUUCGCUCAAGCUCUCCACUUCUCUCUACUGAUCUUUGCUCGUUUCUUUCACUUUUCUUCACGAGUUCUACUCCAAAUCACUUCCUAACCUUCCCAAUCAUGUCUGACGAGUCGUUACCCCCUCCUGGCGGCCACGAAGUGCGUGGCAUGACGCGUCAGUCGACUGGCCCGGGUCCCCUAUGGGUGGGCCCUGAGUUUUACGAUGGUCGUGAUCUACACUACGACCUAGAGCACCAUGUGACCUCCCGCCUUCACGCGAGGAGACAGACUACGGUUCGCGGUUAUGGCGCCGCGACGAGCGAGACCAUUUUCAGCUAUCUGAGCUCGGACGCCCAGGCCUUGGUGAUGGCGAGCUCACUGUUUCCGGUGGUUGAGACCUUCUGGGAGAUACUGCGGCUCAACAUCUCCCUGUCCUUUCUGCGGUCGUUCAUGAGGUGGUGAUGGGAUACCACCAACACCUUCCAUUUUCCUUGGGACGAGAUGACGAUCACUCUUGAGAACUACACAGCUUUGACGGGUUUGACCUUUACAGGGGACCCCGUUCGUCUGAGGUCGGACGGCCCAUCGCCGACUGUUGCUGAGGGUACCAGGCUCCUGGGCUCGUGGAUGGGUAGUAGGUUACCUUCGUACCAGCCCCGUGGGAUACCUUUCGCUGACCUGAUGUGGGCUUUGGAGCACGGGGUAGAGGAGUCGCCUUCGAGACAGCUCGGCUGUUCUACCUCCAUUUUAUCACUUCCACUUUUCUAUCGGGUCCGACUGACACCUUUGACCCGAGGUGGAUAGGCAUGGUGGAGGACGUGUCUACACUGGGUGACUAUCGCUGGGGCGAUUUGGGCUAUGCGACACUUGUCGGCCAGAUGAGUUUGUCGGUGCGCGUCACGGACCCGAGUAUACGUCACUUUGUGAUUACAUUAGCGGGAGUGCCGCGUUUGAUCGAGCUGUGGGCCUUUGAGCACUUACCCUGGCUGGCUACCCGAAAGGGGCAGAGGCCUUUGGAGUUCCCUGCCGGUCGCCGUUGGGGUUGGAAGAAGAAGCUGACAGUGCGUCCGCCGCCCGAUACCGUGUGGGAUCUUAUCCGGGACGGGAACCCUAAGCAUGUGGUUUGGACCCCAUGGCUCUCUUUUAGGGGUACCCAUGCUUCGGUCAGGGAGAGUUAUGCCCUGAGCCAGAUGCGGGUCUUGUUCGUUGGCCGCCGGGACCCUGUCUGGUACCUAGGAAAGCGGGUACGUAUGCAGACGGUCGGGGUUUUUUCGGUGCCGAGGCCUCCGCCUGCGACCAUGCUGUCUACUCGCUCGAUAGGCGAGUCGUGGAGGGUCCACUCGAGGACUGGUGUGCCGGCGACAGAGUUGGUGGUAGAGGGAGCUAGCUAUUACCUGUUUAUCCAGGAUUCUUUUCGUCUCCCGGAGCCUGGCGCUGAGGGUCCUGACCCUUUGUUGGGGGGAUGGGUGCUUCCCGAUGCUCGGAUCUCGUAUACCGGAGAGAGUGGAUCCGAGAUUGUGGAGACUUUUCCGGAAGACCGGGUUUUCCAUGCUCCGCUCCCUGAGGGAGUAGAGGCGGUUCCGGCCCAUACGGCCAAUGCGAUGGUGGGAGUGAUCAACCGGUUAAAGUCCGCGUUGAUUCGAACUCGGUCUGCACUUUCUUGCAGGAGCCCCCACUCUACUCGGACGGCUACUGGGCGUGCUGGGGCCGACGACGCGGGUCCCUCGGGCGGGGGACACGGUCGUCGCGCGAGAGAGAGAGCAUAGCACUCGCCCAUACGGCAUCGCCGUUCUGACGCGGGGGCGAGUUCUUCCGGGGAGAGGUCCGAGCCGGAGCGUCGGCGACGUUCCGUGUCGGUGGCCCGAGAGCCUAGCCUCGAGUUGCAGUCGCAGCCUCAUUUUUGGGGUGACUCUGGCUGGGGUCCCUCAUACCACGGGGAGUGGAGUGGGUGGACCGGCGAGGCUUGGAGACAUGGAGCCGAUGACGAGUCUUAGGCUUACCUCCUUGCUUUAUGCAUAUUCAUUCUUGUGUUCCGCAUGUAUAUAUAUAAUUUUUGCGAUUUUUGGUGCAAGAAUGUUUUGAGCCUUCCGUGGGCUUUGUUUUAACAUAUUAUAGCAA